UUGACUUCCCUGUAUUUUAAUUUAAUUCCAGCUUACGCCUUAUAAAUUAUAUUUCUUCAUAUAUACCUCCUCGCAGUUGAAACAAAGAGCUAGAGAGAUUCCAAUAAGCCUAAGGAGAAAAGAAAGAAAAACAAAAGUUCCAUCUCAUGGCCAUUCGUUUCUUUCAACCAAAGCUCCUCCAAAACUUCCACCACUGGACAAGGCAGCUAAACUCUGCUUCCUCCUCCUUAACCGCCGUUUCGCCGCUGAAUUUCGUGGAGAAACACGACCACCACGACUACUUCUUUUCUUCUCCGCUCAACGUUCACGACCAUGAGAAGCUCUUCCGUUUGAUUUCAACUUCCAAGCUGUUACGCUCGCUCCUCAACCUCAACCUCGCCGCCUUCGAGCCCGUAGCUGAUCUCGGCAUGUGGGUUAUGAAUUCCAGGCUCAUGGACGUCAACAUCACGCGCGGAAUCAUCACCGGUUUUCUUAAACAUACGUUUUACGAACAUUACUGCGCCGGCGAAUCCAGUGCCGACGCCAAACGUUGCGUGCAGAAAGUUAACGAUGCGGGUUUGAGAGGGAUGUUGGUUUAUGCAGUGGAGCAUACGGAUGAUAAAAGUGAGUGCGAUCAGAAUUUGCAGAAGUUUUUGCAGAUUGUCGAAUCUGCAAAAUCCCUUGCUCCAUCUUCGGUGAGCUUCGUGGUUGUGAAGAUCUCUGCAAUUUGCUCCAUGAGUUUAUUGAAGAGAGUCAGUGACUUACUGAGAUGGCAACAGAAGGAUUCUUCUUUCAGUCUUCCAUGGAAGCUCAACGAUUUUCCAAUUUUCUCUGAUAUCAGCCCGCUGUACCACACGCUGGAGAGACCCGAACCGUUGACGCCAGAAGAAGAAACCGAACUUCGAUUGGGUUACGAGCGACUGUUAAAACUAUGCCAUGAAUGCCAGGAAGGAACUGUGCCAUUGGUAGUCGAUGCGGAGGACACGGUGGUUCAACCCGCCAUCGAUUAUUUGACAUACGCGUCUGCGAUUACAUACAAUAAGGUUGAUAAUCUGAUUGUUUACAACACAAUGCAAGCGUAUUUGAAGGAUGCGAAAGAGAGGUUGUUGUUGGCGACGGAGGCCGCCGGGAAAAUGGGAGUUCCAAUGGGGUUUAAGCUGGUGAGAGGAGCGUACAUGUCCAGUGAAAGUAAGAUUGCUUCUUGUUUAGGAUGUGAGUCUCCGAUUCACAACAGCAUCGAGGAGACGCACGCUUGCUACAAUGAUUGUGCUUCCUUUUUGCUCGGUAAGAUUGCCAAUGGUUCUGGUGCACUUGUUCUUGCAACCCACAACGUCAAAUCAGGGCAAAUGGCGGCAGCAAAGGCGAGGGAUUUGGGGAUCGAUAAGAAGAACUCGAGGCUUGAAUUUGCACAGCUAUAUGGAAUGUCAGAAGCUCUAUCAUUUGGACUGAGAAAUGCAGGGUUUAAAGUGAGCAAAUACAUGCCAUACGGACCCAUUGACAUGGUGAUUCCAUAUCUUCUGAGGAGGGCAGAGGAGAACAGGGGAUUUUUAUCUGCUUCAAACCUUGAUAGGCAACUCAUGAGCAAGGAACUGAAGAGAAGACUGAGUGCAGCACUAUUCUAAGUUGAAGAUGGACGUGCAGGUGAAGAAGAGGAUGGGAAAUUGCAAAUAUUUGUAAUUAAGUUGACAAGUUAGUAAAACUCUCCAGCAAUUUGCCCUUUUUAAAUAAUAAUUUCAUAUUUUAUGGUUCU